GCUACCUGCCCGGCGGGCGGGAGCUCCUGGCGGCCGAGCCGGGAGCCGCCGCAGGCACGCAGGGCCCGCGGGCUGGGAGCAGAGCCUCGGCAGCUUCAUGGCGGCCGAAGAGAUGCACUGGCCUGUGCCUAUGAAGGCCAUCGGUGCGCAGAACUUGCUCACCAUGCCUGGGGGUGUGGCCAAGGCCGGCUACCUGCACAAGAAGGGCGGGACCCAGCUGCAGCUACUCAAAUGGCCCCUGCGCUUUGUGGUCAUCCACAAACGCUGCAUCUACUACUUCAAGAGCAGCACAUCCGCCUCGCCGCAGGGCGCCUUCUCGCUGAGCGGCUACAACCGGGUGAUGCGGGCGGCUGAGGAGACGACGUCCAACAACGUCUUCCCCUUCAAGAUCAUCCACAUCAGCAAGAAGCACCGCACGUGGUUCUUCUCCGCCUCCUCUGAGGAUGAGCGCAAGAGCUGGAUGGCCUUGCUGCGCAAGGAGAUUGGCCACUUCCAGGAGAAGAAGGAGCUGCCUCUGGACGCCAGUGACUCCAACUCGGACACGGAUAGCUUCUACGGCGCCAUCGAGCGGCCGGUGGACAUCAGCCUGUCUCCGCACCCCACAGACAGCGAAGACUACGAGCAUGACGACGAGGACGACUCAUACUUGGAGCCCGACUCCCCCGAGCCCGGGAGGCCCGAGGAUGCCCUGAUCCACCCGCCGGCCUACCCUCCGCCCCCUGUGCCCACGCCCAGGAAGCCAGUCUUCUCUGAGGUGCCCCGUGCCCACUCCUUCACCUCCAAGGGUCCAGGCCCCCUGCUGCCACCCCCGCCCCCUAAGCGCGGCCUCCCGGACACCGGCCCGGCCCCCGAGGACUCCAGGCGGGAGCCGCCGGCCCUGCGGUGGGUGGAGCCCGGUUCCAGGGUGCCCACCGUCUCCCGGAGGAUGAGUGACCCCCCACCCAACAUCUUGCCCCCCGGGCCCAGCCUCCGGAAAGCCCCUUGCUUCCCCGAGAACAGCAGCCCCAGCCUGGAGCCCCGGAUCCCCGUACACGGGGUCAACCCCUCCAGCACAGCCACAGCUGCCUCCUGGAACUGUGACAAGCUCAAGUCCUUCCACCUGUCCCCCCGGGGGCCGCCCGCCCCCGAGCCUCCGCCUGUGCCAGCCAACAAGCCCAAGUUCCUGAAGAUGGUAGAAGAGAGUCCCCCGGGGGAGGUGGCCAGGCCUGGACCCCGUGUGCCCCCCGUGGCUCCCCGGCCGCCUCCGCUGAAGCUGCCCGUGCCCGAGGCUGCAGACCGGCCUCCCGUCCUGCCCCGGCCAGAGAAGCCGGCGCUCCCGCACCUCCAGCGAUCACCCCCUGACGGGCAGAGUUUCAGGAGCUUCUCCUUUGAAAAACCCCGGAAACCCGUGCAGACUGACACGUCGCAGGCGGACACUGGCGGGGAGGGCUCCGACGAUGACUAUGAGAAGGUGCCACUGCCCAGCUCAGUCUUCAUCAACACCACAGAGUCCUUCGAGGUGGAGAGGCUCUUCAAGGCCACGAGCCCCCGGGGGGUGCCCCAGGACGGUCUCUACUGCAUCCGGAACUCCUCCACCAAGUCGGGGAAGGUUCUGGUCGUGUGGGAUGAGGCCUCCAGCAAGGUGAGGAACUACCGCGUCUUCGAGAAGGACUUGAAGUUCUACCUGGAGGGCGAGGUCCUGUUUGUGAGCGUGGGCAGCCUAGUGGAACACUACCACACCCACGUGCUGCCCGGCCACCAGAGCCUGCUGCUGCGGCACCCCUACGGCUACGCCAGGCCCAGGUGACAGCUGUGCUGCUUGGCACUGCGCAGAGGCGACCCCGUCAGCCCUGGCCCCAGGCCACGCAGGAGGAGGCUGGCCCACAUGGGAGGCUGGGCCUCCCCAGCGGACAUCUCAGAGGAAUCUCAAGGCCAGGCUCCGCCCAGCAGGCUGGGUCCUGGGGCCAGGCCAGGCCCUGGGCCCCAGAGGAUGGGGUGGGGCUCUCCCAUCUCACCCUGCACACUGCCCAGGGGCCCAGGACCGAGCCCGGGCUGGACUUCAUGGACAGGAAUGGAGGUCCCCCAGCACACCCACCCUGCACUGGGCUGGGAGGUCGGCAGGGCUGGCGUAUUUGGGGUGGGGGGACGGGGGCUGGACCCCCCAGGAACGUUACAACACAGGCUCCGUGUGGGGCCGGUGCUGAGCAAUAAAGCACAGAUGACCGUUGCACCGUG